UUAAAAUAUUUAGAACAAGGAAGGAUACCGCACCGACAUUUAAAGUACUUGACAAAGAAGUUUAUUUGUUUCCGGUAAACGAUAAAGUAUGUAACAUUUAUAGUACAAUCAUCCUAGUGGUUUGGCAAAUAACGGCCAUUUCAUGGUAGCAUGGCAGACUUACCAAGUACUUACAAAAAGAUUGUUGCUGUCAAGUUAGGGACAAAUUUCCGAGAUGUGACUAAAGUAGUUGAUGCGCCAAUGCCAGUUCCAGAAGAAGGUCAAGUCCUGGUUAAAAAUAGAUUUGUCGGUAUAAAUGCGUCAGACGUUAAUUUUACCGCUGGAAAGUAUGAUCCCAAUGCUAAGCUACCUUUUGAUUGUGGAUUUGAGGGACUAGGAGAAGUUGUUGCCGUUGGAGCGGGCACAUCGAUUGCUGUUGGUACACCAGUUAUGUAUAUGGUUUAUGGAGCUUUCAGUGAAUACAAGGUAGUGCCGACUAAUAGAUUAACAAAAGUAAAGAAAAUAGCUCCUGAGUAUCUUCCAUGUCAAGUUAGUGCAGGAACGGCUGCCAUCUCAUUGGAUAAGCUGGCUGAUUUAAAGAGUGGAGAAACUGUGUUUGUUUCUGCUGCUGCAGGAGGAACUGGACAAUUUGCUGUACAGUGGGCCAAAAAAGCUGGUUGUCACGUUAUAGGUACUUGUUCCUCACCGGAAAAGGCAAAUUUUUUAAAAACCCUAGGAUGUGAUAGAACAAUUAACUACAAAACAGAAAAUAUAAAUGAAGUUCUGAAAGCUGAGUAUCCGAAUGGUUUGGACGUUGUAUACGAAUCAGUUGGCGGAGAAAUGUUUGAAACCUGCUUUAAUAAUUUGAAAGUAAGAGGUCGGUUGGUGAUUAUUGGUUACAUAAGCAAGUAUGGAACAGACACCACGUCACAAGUUAUGCCUUUCUUGGCAUCAUUACCACAAAAGGUGCUGACAAAGUCUAUAAGUAUUCAUGGAUUUUUCCUUCCCCAUUAUCCUGUUGAAAUGUUCACGUUCCCGGGAAAAAUAGCUGAGAUGUACAACAAUGGUCAAAUAAAAAGUUUGGUGGACACCGGUCAAAAAAUACCAAAUGGACCCUUUGUUGGUAUUGAUAAAGUAGCCGAUGCUGUUGAGUAUUUAUACACUGGGAAGAGUUUUGGAAAAAUAGUUGUGGAAAUAAAGUAGAUUUGGAUAUUGUAGUAUAAACUGAAAUACAUGAUUGAUCGUGUAAUAUGUAACAUGUAGAAUAAAUACAUAUAUAUAAGUUUAAAA